AUGCCUUGCAGCACAAAACAGCUUAAAGUCUAUGCAAAUCAAGUUGCGGAGGAGGUUGGUGUUCCAAACACCAGUCUUCAUGAGUUCGUUGAUUGUGGAGGGAUAUACCAGAUGCUCAUCAGGAUUGUGGCGCUUGUGCUCAAGAAUGACGGCAAGGAAAGACUUAAAUUGCUCGCCAAUCUGAAAGAGUUACUGACCUCUAAAGAUUUCAAGUCUGCACUUCAAAACUGUCUGACUGCGUGCAUGCUUUUGCCCAACAUUACUGCGUAUGUGACAGACACACAUGUAGAGAUCUUGGUAGGUUCUUCGAUUGUGAACAACACAUCUUUGGCAGUCAUUAGUGUAGUCUACAAGGGUGACAAGUACUUUGUAGAAGAGCACGGGUAUCGUGAAAAUGCUGCGCCACUGCUGUGA